AUGGUCAAAGAAUUGGAGAAGUCAGAGCCAGAGGUGGCUUUGGUUGCAAUAAAUAUCAUUGGAGACCCUGCAGAUUUUGGUGAUGAAAGCAAUAUUACCUCUAGAGAGAAGCUGAUUGACCAUUACCUUGGCCACAGUCCCCACAGUGAUGACCCAGCCCUAGAAGGAACUUUUGCUGGGAGAUCUGAUUAUAUCUCUCCACUUGAUGACUUGGCAUUUGACAUGUACCAAGACCCUGAAGUCGCACAGAUCAUCCGCAGGCUGGAUGAAAAGAAACGGGACGCUGUCAAGAAGGAGCGCUACGACCAUGCCAAGAAACUGAAGCAAGCCAUCGCUGACCUACAGAAGGUCGGUGAGCGCCUGGGACGCUACGAGGUGGAGAAGCGCUGCGCAGUGGAGAAAGAAGACUAUGACCUGGCCAAGGAAAAGAAACAGCAAAUGGCACGCUACCGUGCCCAGGUGUAUGAACAGCUGGAGCUGCAUGGCCUCCUGCAGGGCGAGCCAGAGAUACAGCGGCCUUUUGCUUUGCCCCUCCAGCCCCUUGCCUCGCCCAGCAGUCCCCAGCACUGGAAGGCAGUGUCCUCACUCCCGCGCACAGAAGAGCUGGUAACGGAAGACACAUUUGCAGGCCCUAUCCUCCAGGAAAAGCCCUUGGCAUAUACCUUGGCAUCUUCUCCUCGGCAUUCAGCAGUGGACCAGUCCCCACCUGCUGCAGGCCCUGCACCUAGGAGCCAUGUGGACGCCCUGCCCUACGAUGAACGGCCUCUUCCUAUUACUCGAAAGCAGUUGGGGGAAGCAUCUGCAGAACCAGAAGUGAGAGAGCCAGACAGCAGUGAUGUCCGGAGACGGGGUGUCUCAGGGGAACCCGAGCCCCUGACAGAGAAGGCCUUGAGAGAAGCCAGUUCUGCCAUUGACACCUUAGGCGAAGCCUUGGUGGCUGGGGCCUAUUCUAAGACGUGGUCCUGCCGAGAAGAUGCACUGCUGGCAUUGUACAAGAAGCUGAUGGAGAUGCCUGUUGGAACCCAGAAGGAAGAUUUGAAAAACAUACUCAGAGCAUCUGUCUUUCUCAUCAGAAGAGCCAUAAAGGACAUUGUGACCUCAGUCUUUCAGGCUUCAUUGAAAUUGCUGAAAAUGAUAAUUACACAGUAUAUUCCCAAGCACAAGCUGAGCAAACUGGAAACAACACACUGUGUAGAGAGAGCUGUUCCCCUUUUACUCAACAGAACCGGAGACUCCUCGGCUCGCCUCCGUGUCAUAGCUGUGAAUUUCAUUCAGGAAAUGGCCUUGUUUAAGGAGGUGAAGUCUCUCCAGCUCAUUCCGUCCUACCUGGUGCAGCCGCUGAAGGCCAAUGCUUCCGUUCAUCUGGCAAUGAGCCAAGUGGACCUUCUGGCCCGGCUGCUGAGAGACCUGGGCACUGGGAACUCAGGCUUCACCGUGGACAAUGUGAUGAAGUUUGCACUGAGCGCCCUGGAGCACAGGGUGUAUGAGGUGCGAGAGACAGCAGUCAAAAUCAUCCUGGACAUGUACAGACAGCACCCAGCCCUCACCCUGGAGCACCUUCCUCCAGAAGACAGCAGCACACGCAGGAACCUUCUCUACAAAGCCAUUUUUGAGGGAUUUGCUAAGAUAGAUGGCAGGCCAACGGAGGCUGAAGUCAGGGCCCAGAAAAGAGCAGCCACAAAGGAAGCAGAAAAACAGAAGAAAGAGGAGAUGAAGGCUCUGCAGGGCCAGUUGGCAGCUCUGAGAGAGACCCAAGUUGGAGCCCAGGAGAAUGACGCUAUGAAGCUCAAGAAUCAAGACCCUCAAGGAAGGAGAGGUGCCCCACCUGAGACUCCAGAAAUCCCAGAUAACCACUAUUUGGAUAAUCUGUGCAUCUUUUGUGGGGAGAGGAAUGAGUCCUUCACAGAAGAGGGUCUGGACCUGCACUACUGGAAACACUGCCUCAUGCUGACGAGAUGUGACCACUGCAGGCAGGUGGUUGAGAUAUCCAGCCUGACAGAACACCUGCUGACAGAAUGUGACAAAAGGGACGGGUUUGGGAAGUGCCACCGCUGCAGCGAGGCUGUUCCCAAGGACGAGCUUCCCAGGCACAUCAAAACUAAGGAGUGCAACCCUGCCAAAUCGGAGAAGGUGGCAAACCGAUGUCCUCUGUGUCAUGAGAACUUUGCCCCUGGAGAAGAGGCAUGGAAGGCGCAUCUGAUGGGCCCUACCGGCUGCACAAUGAACCUGCGUAGGACACACAUUCUCUACAAGGCCACAGCCCCACAACAAGGGAAGGGCCCAGCAGCAUCGAAGUCAGGAACCUCAGGACCCAAGGUUGGAAGCAAGAUACCCACCCCAAAGGGGGGCCUGACUCCUACUGUGCUUGGCCCAGAGCAUCAAAUGGAACAGCGUUUGUUGAGAGGAGAAUCCCGUCAAAGGCCUUGAGUGUGGAGAGAGCACGAAAUGACUGAGAAAGCCAAGCACAGGUACCAUAGGGUAACAAGGAGGUCCUUCGGGUCAGACGCUGGCCAUUGUCUUCUAGCCCAUCUCAAAGUAUGGACAGCAAUGGAAAGUUAACCUCAGAACUUAAGAAACGGAUACCUGUAAUGCUUUCUGUCUGUUGUAACCUUAAGCUAUUUGUAAAAAUCCUUCCUUCUUAGCCGAGCACAGUGGCUCACAGCUGAACUGGCGCUUGGGAAGCCAGAGUCAGAAGCUCACCACAAGUUCAAGGGAAGCCUGGCUCCAGAAUGAGGCUCUGGCUCAAAAUUAAACAGAACAGAAAAGAAUCCUUUGUUUUUAGCUCCCACGUUUGCCUGUUACAGAAUCAUGAGUUUCUGCAGAGGUGACUGGCGGUAUUGGCAGCCACAAAGCUCCACACCACUGUGCUUAAUUCAGGGAAGGAGCUAAUAACCCCACCAUUGAUAAUAUCAAAAUGUGGAACACUUCUCACGCUUCACAUAUGAUAUGUUGUGGAUAUUUAAUAUUUAUUUAUAUUAUUUUCAUAAAAGAUUCUAUUAAAUCUAAUUUAAAGGAAUUAUGUCAUCUGAUACUAGAAUACAAAUGUAAAUACCUUUAAUGAAAAUUUGCAACUUUUUAAUGUUUUAACAUAGUUUUUCUAUUUGUCUUUCUUUCAGGUACCAGAAUUACAAAAUAAUAUAUUUUUAUUGCUAUUGUUUUAGGGUUUAUGUGCUAAUUUGCCUUGAGUACAUUAAUACAGUAAAAAGAUCAUUCAGUG